AGUGGAGUCCUGCACAAAGGGUUUCGCGACCGAUGUCAACGAUGUCAGCAGGAUGUUUCCUGUCAGUGUCAGUGUCAAGAUAAAGUCAUGUGAUGUAAGUCAUAUGAUUUUGUGGGUUAGAGGGGGGGAGAUUUCAAUAGAGAAGGUUGAAAUAUGAACUAUGAAAUAUCAAGGUUUGAACAGCCGUGGGAUGAGGAAAACACAAAUUAUCACUGCGUUUGUUCCCCUUGCCUCAUAACUUUCGGCCGACGAAUUUCGAGGUAAGGUGUAAGCAGCUUAGCACAGCACAGCCCCAGAGGCUGACGUUUCGGGUGGCUGGCAUGGAUGUGGCUGAGACAGGCGGUGGAUGCCGAAGCGAGAUCGCCAGAUUGGGAUUGGCGUCGGCAGCCAUCUCCCCACCACUCACCACCUACCACCCACUUUGUUGUCCACACACCAACGUCGCAAGGCUGAGAACAUGAGACAGAGAGCGACGACGACAUGUGAAGAUUGAAGAUGUGAUAGAUGUGACCAGUCAUUCCUCACUCAGUAGAGAAAACACGCCGAAGAAACAACGUCGUCAUUGUGCGAUGCGUCCCUGCUUCAUCCCUUGAUUUACGUAUAAUUCCCAACUAGGAAGAUAUGAAGCUCAGGUCCGGUCCUGCGACUAUACAAGCUUCCGCGGUGUGACUCUAUUCAGACAGCCGAUGUUCCUACACUAACAGCGACUAUAAAAUGCUGUUUUGAAGACACUCCCUUCUCUCCUUCCCCCUCUAGGAACCACCAACGUAUUCAAUAUAACCAAACCUCAAGCUCGCUGCCACAGUAGCCAGAAUGCCUCACGCUGUUUACGAUGCUGACCCAGAGGACGCACGUCCCGUGAAUGUGCCUCCUGUGGACCACGAGGUCGAAGAAUGGAAUGAUAAACUGAAAGGAAAGAAGCUUGGAGAGAAGACCGAUGCCAACUGUCAGACUUGCGCCUUGGCCUUUGCAGUAUUGCCCACUAACCACCUUCUACAGACCUUUGCAAAGUUCGACCUGCCAUCGGUCCAGCGCAUUAUAUCGUAUAACUGCGCAUACACUCUGGAAUACUGCCGGGACAGGUCAAUAUGAGAAGAGCUUAUUUUAGGUGCUGAGCUGACGAGAAUACAGGUUCAAUAUCUACCUCGCUCAAGAUGGAACCGUCCUUGGUGUAAGCCGUGGCUAGAUAGAUUGCACGCUCUAUAGUCUACGUGUAAUACACGUGAGGAGA